AUGUCUUCUUGCCAAUCCACCAUGCCCUCCAAUGCAAAUCCAAACUUUGAUGAACGUCGAUGGAUAAUUAACAUUCGUCGAACACUCGACGAGGAGCUUGAAGAUGACACUGAAAUUCCUGUCUGUAUUUUCAAUGUCCUUAAAAUUCUAAUGACAAGUUGCCCAGAUUGCUAUGUUCCACAGCAAGUUGCAAUAGGUCCAUACCAUUACUGGCGUCCGGAGCUCUAUGAGAUGGAGAGGUACAAGCUCGCCGCGGCAAAAAGAGCUCAGAAACGCCUCGAAAGCCUCAAGUUUUCACACAUUGUUGAUAACUUGAUCAACCUUGAGUUGAAGAUCCGAGCUUGUUAUCAUAAGUUCUUAGAUUUUAGUAAUGAGACUUUAGCCUGGAUGAUGGCCAUUGAUGCGUCAUUCUUGCUUGAAUUCCUACAAAUUUAUGCCAUCAAAGAAGGGAUCGCUUUCACUGGAGUCUCCUCAAGAAUGUCACAUUUGUUUGAUUAUGCAGGGAGAAAAUCAGGCCACAACGCAAUUCUCAGAGAUAUGGUAAUGCUUGAGAACCAAAUCCCAUUAUUUGUGUUGAGAAAAAUUCUUGAAGUUCAAUUGUCAUCGUUAGAGAUGGCUGAUGAUACGCUAGUCUUAAUGCUGGUUGGAUUUUAUAAGGAGAUUUCCCCAUUUAAGACGUUGGAGGACAUUCCCAAGAUCAAUAUUUCUCAAUGUGCCCACUUGCUAGACUAUUUGUAUGACAUUAUUGUGCCCAAUAUUGAAGCACCAGAAGAGAUGAAUGAGGCUGACGAUCAGCUUGAUGCAAUGCAAGGCAAAUGUCUGUCAUCCGAGAAUUCAAACCUAAUCUCAAGGCUAAGCGAAGGUCUGGUGCGUCUUCUCAAAAUAUUGCUAUUUUCUAGACAUGUUAAGGCCAUGCUUAAAUUGCCUUGGACAAUCGUCUCUAACCUUCCUGGAUGUUCAAUCUUGAAACAACCUGUUGAAUACCUUUUCUUCUCACAAGACAGAGAAGUCAAACCAGAGAAUGAGAACCUGAACAAUGAACAUAACAAGCCUCCAUUGGCAGAGGAGAUUGCAAUUCCUUGUGUCGCCGAACUGUUCAGAUCCGGAAUCAGUUUUGCACCGACAACAGGUAACAUCCUAAGCAUUAGUUUUGAUGCCAAGACCGAUACAUUUUACCUUCCGAUUAUCAGUUUAGAAGUGAACACAGAGGUAGUCCUAAGAAACUUAGUAGCAUAUGAGGCUUCAAACGCGUCAGGACCAUUGGUUUUUACGCGUUAUACUGAAUUAAUGAAUGGGAUAAUCGAUACCGAAGAGGAUGUGAAGCUGCUUAGAGAAAAAGGCAUAAUUUUGAACCGGUUAAAGAGUGAUGAGGAGGUUGCCAACUUGUGGAAUGGGAUGAGCAAAUCUAUUAGACUUACUAAGGUUCCUUUCUUAGACAAAGUGAUUGAAGAUGUUAACAAGUUUUACAAUGGACGAUGGACAGUAAAAGGUGGUAGAUUUAUGAAGCAAUAUGUGUUUAGUUCUUGGCAGUUUCUUACAUUGCUGGCUGCCAUUUUUCUUUUGCUCUUGAUGACAUUGGAAGUCUUUUGCACUGUCUAUAGAUACACUCGAAUACUUCAUAUGAGACCACCUAGAAACUAG